AUGUUUUUACAGUACUGGCGACCACGAACGCUGGAGCAGCUGUCUGGAUUUGGGUUCCACGCCAGAGACGAUAAACCACUCUACGUUGUCGGGUUGCAGGAGCUCGUGCAGAAAAUCGAGGGGCUCUACAACGAAGAAAUCGGCAACGCGAGGCGGCUAAUUGAGGGCGGGCUGAUUGCGUUUGAGGGUCUAGGCGAGCUAUACCAAACCGGAACUCCUUUCCAAGCGACGACUGCACUGGGCGGAGCAGCAGCGGCCUUCUUUGUCACCGAUAGCUAUUACGAAGAACACCGGGCCCUCCUCGGCACGCAACAGACCUUUCACGUCACCAUGCAGUUUGUGGCGACAAUGGGCGACCACUUCACCCUGGUAACUUUCACACAAGUCUUGAGCAGCUGGACUGGUGUUCGCGCCCGACCCCUCUCGAGCCUUACGUACGUGCCCGUCGAUUCAGUUACCCGGCAGGUCCUCCAGAACCGAGGGGACAUAUAUACAAGAUAUGGUGUUGCUGGUGCCAAGUUUCUGGCAUACGCGCCACACACGUUCUUCAUCCACAGGACCAGUUCAUUCGGUGGCCAGGGCAACACCACACUCCCCAAGCCUCGCACCAGCCAGAUGCCAUCAGGGGGUCGGAUCAUGAUCGAUGUGGCUCGUGCCUCCAAUAUGGGCUAUCAAGCAGCUAUGGGUGCCGACGAACCCACGCUUGCCUUGUCGAAUGCCAUUGGACUUCACAAGAGAUGGCAGAGCCGUAAAACGACGAAAAGCGCACCGGUCCCAGAUACUUUGAGCAUAUGGGAGACGGUGCCCUCUGAGCUCGCUAUGUACUGCUGGCCUGCGCUGGCCGGCUUUAGCUUCACGGCCAAAGCGUGGGGGCAGGUUCUUGUCGAGGGCCUCGAGCCUGUCACAUUCCGAGAUGAAGCGUUUGAGAAUCUGGUCCUCGCGGAGGAGCGGAAACGGCUCAUUCGCGCCCUCGUCCGCUUCGGAGCGAGCUCUGGUGUCGAUGACCUCGUGAGUGGAAAGUCUGGAAGCAGUAUAUUUCUCCUACACGGGCCCCCUGGUGUAGGAAAGACUCUCACCGUUGAGGCUAUUGCUGAGCUCAUUCACUUACCUCUCUACAUUGUCACAAUGGGAGAACUCGGCGCGACGGCACAAAGCUUGGAGGACCGCCUGGGCGAAAUCUUGGAACUGUGUUCCGAAUGGAACGCGCUCAUGCUACUGGAUGAAGCAGACAUCUUUGUCGAGAAACGGACAACCGCAGACCUGACUCGCAACGCCAUGGUCUGCGUCAUGCUGCGAUUGUUGGAGUACCAUCCUGGCAUUUUGUUUCUAACCACCAACCGGGUGCAAUCGCUUGACCCCGCCGUCGAGAGUCGCGUCACAGUUGCGCUACGCUACGAGCCACUGUCCGUCGACGCACGCGUGCAGAUUUGGGAGACGCUAUUGCGGCGUACUUCAUUACCACGCGGUGCCGACGUGAACGUUGAGCGGCUCGGUGAGUACGCGAUGAAUGGCAGAGAGAUCAAGAAUGUGGUGAGGCUUUCAGUUGCACUCGCCACGGAGCGUUCGUGCCAGACCCUUACGCAACAAAUCUUGGAGGAGACAUUACGCACGACGUUUUUGGGUCGGCAGGAGAUGACUGAGGAACGCGUCGGCUAG